AUGCUGGAGACCUUCAGGAACCUCACUACUACAGGGUACAUUUUGGAGGUCUGUAACACUGAAGAACAUAGUCAAUGCUCUAGAAGACCUACAAGGAAUGAAAAAACACAUACCAGAGAAAAAUGCUGUGAAAUUAAGCAAUGUGGUAAAGCCUUUGAUUAUCACAGUCAUCAUCAAAUGCAUGAAAGAACACCCACUGGAGAGAAACCCUAUGAAUAUAGUCAAGAUGGUAAAGACUGUGUUCAUUAUGAAACUCAUCAAAGUCAUAAAAGAACACAUAAUGAAGAAAAAUCAUAUAAAUUUAAUGCGCUUGGUAAGGCCUUUGCUGAUCACAGUCAUCUUCAAAAGAAUAAAAGAACACAUACUAGAGAGAAACCCUAUGAAUGUUUUCAAUGUGGUAAAUGCUUUGCAUGUCAGGAUAAUCUUCAAACACAUAAAAGAACACGUACUGGAGAGAAACCCUAUGAAUGUAAUCAGUGUGGUAAGGCCUUUGCUCAGAAAAGUAAUCUUCAAAUGCAUAAAAGAGCACAUAAUGGAGAGAAGCCUUAUGAAUUUAGUCAGUGUGGUAAAUACUUUGCACAUCUGGAUUACCUUCAAUUGCAUGAAAGAACACAUUCUGGAGAGAAACCCUAUGAAUGUAAUCAGUGUGGUAAGGCCUUUGCUCGACCUAGUACUCUUCAAAGUCAUAAAAGAACACAUACUGGAGAGAAACCCUGUGAAUGUCAUCAGUGUGGUAAGGCCUUUGCUCGACCUAGUACUCUUCAAAUGCAUAAAAGAACACAUACUGGAGAGAAACCCUAUGAAUGUAAUCAGUGUGGUAAGGCCUUUGCUCAACAUGGUAGUCUUCAAAUGCAUAAAAGAACACAUACUGGAGAGAAACCCUAUAAAUGUAGUCAGUGUGGUAAGGCCUUUGCACAUCAUCGUCACCUUCAAUACCAUAAAAGAACACAUACUGGAGAGAAACCCUAUGAAUGUAAUCAGUGUGGUAAGGCCUUUGCAUAUCUUAGUAAUCUUCAAGAGCAUAAAAGAACACAUUCUGGAGAGAAACCCUAUGAAUGUAAUCAGUGUGGUAAGGCCUUUGCUCAACACAGUCAUCUUCAAACGCAUAAAAGAACACACACUGGAGAGAAACCCUAUGAAUGUAAUCAGUGUGGUAAGGCCUUUGCUCGACCUAGUACUCUUCAAAGUCAUAAAAGAACACAUACUGGAGAGAAACCCUAUGAAUGUCAUCAGUGUGGUAAGGCCUUUGCUCACCGUGGUACUCUUCAAAUGCAUAAAAGAACACAUACUGGGGAGAAACCCUAUGAAUGUAAUCAGUGUGGUAAGGCCUUUGCUCGACCUAGUACUCUUCAAAGGCAUAAAAGAACACAUACUGGAGAGAACCCCUAUGUAUGUAUUCAGUGUGGUAAGGCCUUUGCCCAUCAUAGUCACCUUCAAUACCAUGAAAAAACACAUACUGGUGAGAAACCCUAUGAAUGUAAUCAGUGUGGUAAGGCCUUUGCUCAACACAGUCAUCUUCAAAGGCAUAAAAGAACACACACUGGAGAGAAACCCUAUGAAUGUAAUCAGUGUGGUAAGGCCUUUGCUCGACCUAGUACUCUUCAAAGUCAUAAAAGAACACAUACUGGAGAGAAACCCUAUGAAUGUCAUCAGUGUGGUAAGGCCUUUGCUCACCGUGGUACUCUUCAAAUGCAUAAAAGAACACAUACUGGGGAGAAACCCUAUGAAUGUAAUCAGUGUGGUAAGGCCUUUGCUCAACGUGGUACUCUUAAAAGGCAUAAAAGAACACAUACUGGAGAGAACCCCUAUGUAUGUAUUCAGUGUGGUAAGGCCUUUGCCCAUCAUAGUCACCUUCAAUACCAUGAAAAAACACAUACUGGUGAGAAACCCUAUGAAUGUAAUCAGUGUGGUAAGGCCUUUGCUUAUCUUAGUCAUCUUCAAAAACAUAAAAGAACACAUACUGGAGAAAAACCCUAUGAAUGUAAUCAGUGUGGUAAGGCCUUUGCUCAACACAGUCAUCUUCAAAGGCAUAAAAGAACACAUACUGGAGUGAAAUCCUUUAAAUGUAAUCAAUGA